ACAAUUAUAGUGAAUCACCUAGUUUACUAUUUAACAAACUGCGGAAUAUAAAUUUUGUUAUUCACGUCUAAAGGUUGACAAGAGUAAUACUAGAUAUUUCAUAAUGGCGCUAGAAAUAUUUGAAAUAUCACCAGGAUCAUUGCGGCAAAAAAAACAGAGCUCAGUAUUGAAGCGCAAAUUUUUUUUAAUUGUUAGUGUUGGAUUGGUUUGUUCCAUUUUGCCGAUUAAUACUUCAGCGGCUGCUGUCGACACUCCACAAAACGAUGGGGCAGCAAACAAAUGUACAGGUAACAUAUGUGCCGUAGAACGAUCAGAAACCGCUGCACGAAUCAAAAGAUACCGAGAUGAUACUAUAAAUCCUUGUGAUAAUUUUUACCGAUUCGCUUGCGGUAAUUACAAAAAAACAGAUACGUCUAAUGAUUAUGAUUACCUUUUAUCACAAAAAGAUGAUUACCUUGAAAAGCUGUUGCAAAAAGGAAUCUCUUCUGAUUUUAAGCCCUACAAACUUAUCGAUGAUAUUUACAAAACAUGCAUGAACAAGAACGCUAUGGGACAACAAGAUUUAGACCUUAUGAAGAGUAUCAUUAAGAAUUUAGGAAACUGGCCGAUUUUGGAAGGCAGCCAAUGGAAGGAAUCUGACUUCAAUUGGAUCGAUUUUAGUAGCAAUGCCAAAAAAGCCGGUUAUAAUUUAAAUUAUUUCUUAGAUUGGAAACCGCAAUAUUUGAAUCGUAACAAAGAAGUAACAUUAAAAUAUUCUGUCCAAAUAACUAGCAAUUUGUUCGACCGUUCUAUACCCGAGAGAACUACUUCACAAAAACAAUUUUACUCUGACUACAUGGUAAAAGUAGCACGACUUCUUGGAGCAAAUGAUAAUAACGUUGCAAAGGACAUGAAAGACGUUUACGAUUUCGAAGAAAAAUUAUCAAAAAUAAGUGUCAAGGAAGAUCCUAAUCACACAAACAAACUCGAUAUUGAAGAGCUACAGAAGAAAUGGCCGAAUAUCCCUUGGAAGAAAUUCGUUGACAGAACCUUAAUUCCCUUUGUAGACAGUAACGAAAAGCCUACUUUAACUGUAUGGAAUCCUACAGCUUUAACAGAGUUCGUAAAGCUCAUGGAAACAAUUCCGAAACGUGUACAAGCGAAUUACGCCAUUUGGAAAAUAGUUCAAUACUCAGUUCCUUACUUGACUGAGGAAAUUAGAGAAGCGCGAAAAACAUUCCAAAAACAAAUAGGUUAUGUUGGCAUUCCUGAAAAUGAUGAUUGUUUGGGAAUAGUUCAAACGUAUGCAAGAUAUGCACUUCACAAUUUGUAUUUAGAUCAAUACAAAAGUAGUCACGAGUCUAUUAAACAAAUGGUAAAGGCUUUCAAGGAUCAAAUGGUUAGAAUGAUGAAAGAAUCUAAAACAUUGAGUGAUGAAGCUAAAAAUAAAGGAAUAAAAAUUAUCAAGGAGAUGUCAUUCACUGUUGGGCCGUCCCAUAAAUUGUCUGACCGAGCAGAACUUGAAAAAUUCUAUGCAGAUGUGAAAGUCGAUAAAAAUAACUUUCUGCAGACGCUUUUGGACUUGAAUAUAUUUAAAGUCAAAAAGGAAUUCAGUGCUAAAGUACUAUUUGAAAUAAAUCCAUAUCAUAGCAAUAAGCUAAGUCAAAUAGGUCUUCCAGAUAAUGUUAAUGGGCAUUUACAUAUACCAAUGGCUAUGAUACCCGGUCCUUUGUUUAACAAUGAUCGUCCAAUGUACAUGAAUUUUGGUUCAAGUGGAUCAUAUAUAGCUUUUAGUAUCGCCUCAUCAGUAUCUCACGUCGGAAGAAAUCAGACAGUUGGAAAAGAACUCGUAGAUAAACAACUCGAUUGUUUCCGUCAUAAAUAUGAUGAUUUAACUGAUGAACCAAAGAAAAAAAAUAUGCUUCGCAAUAGACCCGAAGAAGACUUCAUUGUUCAAUACAUCGGAUUCCGUUCUUCCUGGGCAGCUUACCAGGAUUACGUCGCAAGAUCGGGAACAGAACCGACUCUUGAAGGAUUGCCUUACACACAGGGCCAAUUAUUUUGGAUAUCUUUCGCACAAUCAUUCUGUUCCGAGUAUUUAAAUCUGAAUGAACCGCGCAAUCUUUAUAACAAUCAGCUAAAUAUUCUUGAAUACAAAAUGAUGAAAACACUUUCGAAUAUACCUGAAAUUUCGGCUGAUUUUCAAUGUCCCGCUGGUUCUAAUAUGAAUAAGGAACCCAAAUGUACCUGGUGGUAAUUGAAAUAAAUUGAUUCCAUUUGUAUUACUGCUUUGCCCAUUACUGAGAUUAUUGAAAGUGUAGGUUCAGAAGUUUGAAAUUACUUGCUAUUAUUUACAAAGUGCUAACCCUAAAAUAUAUUAACAAAAAUAUAAGAUCUUAUUGUAAGCACAUAUACUGCGUACUCCUUGUAAAAGUUAUGUGAAAUAUAUACGAAUAAAAGAUUAACA